UUGGGCCUUUUGUAUUGGUCCCUCAAGCAGGAUGUAGGAAAAGCCCAAUACCGGCAACGAAGACGAAUUUCGCUCUCGUCUGCCGUUUCACCUCCACCGGGCGGGCGGCGGCGGCGGAUGUUUCUUCCGUUCUCCCGAAACCCGGCCAUCGACGGCGGCGAUUCGGUGAUCCCAAAGCUCAAACCCUAGACCCUCCACCUUGCCCGUGAAUCCCGGCGACAUCAGAAGUUCGCGAUGAAGAUCGCCGUCGAAGGUUGUAUGCAUGGAGACCUCGACGGUGUGUACAAGACCCUUCAGUACAUCGAGCGUCAGCGCGGCAUCAAGGUCGACCUUCUCCUCUGUUGCGGCGACUUUCAGGCUGUGAGGAAUGAGAGAGAUUUAGAGAGCUUGAAUGUGCCCAGGAAGUAUCGAGCGAUGAACUCGUUCUGGAAGUACUUUUCCGGGGAGGAGGUCGCACCCGUUCCAACUAUAUUCAUUGGCGGGAAUCAUGAAGCUUCCAAUUACUUGUGGGAAUUGUACUAUGGAGGAUGGGCAGCACCUAACAUAUACUUCUUGGGGUUUGCUGGGGUGGUCAAGUUUGGGAACAUCCGUAUUGGUGGACUCUCUGGAAUUUAUAAUGCACGUCAUUAUCGUUUAGGACACUAUGAGAGGCCCCCUUAUAACGAGGAGACCAUCAGGUCUGUUUACCACGUUCGUGAAUAUGAUGUGUACAAACUUAUGCAAGUUGAGGAACCAAUCGACAUUUUUCUUUCCCAUGAUUGGCCUCUUGGAAUCACUGACUAUGGAAACUCUAAAAAACUCAUACAGCAGAAGCCAUUUUUUGAGAAAGAGAUUUUUCAAAGGACUCUUGGAAAUAAGGCUGCAGCUCAACUGCUGGGGGAGCUAAAACCAGCUUAUUGGUUUUCUGCCCAUCUACACUGCCAAUUUGCUGCUUCAGUUGAACACGGUGAAGGUGGCCCAGUGACCAAUUUUCUUGCACUGGAUAAGUGCCUACCAGGCCGCAAGUUUUUACAGAUUGUUGAUAUUGAAUCAGAGCCGGGACCACAUGAGAUUUUGUAUGAUGAGGAAUGGCUAGCAAUAACGCGGAAGUUCCAUUCUGUCUUCCCUUUGACCACUAAAAGUGCAGAUUUUGGGGCCGUUCAACUUGACAUGCAAGAAUGUCAACAAUUGGUCAGGAGCAGACUUCAAGAAAGAGGUGCUCGACCUUUUGAAUUUGAAAGGACAGUUCCAUGUCACAAUCCCUCUCAAUCCUCUCCUAAUGGUUCUCCAGCAUUGCCUCGAAACCCUCAGACAGAAUCUUUAUUGCAGCUACUGGAACUUCCUUAUCUUCUUGAUCUCACAUCAGAAUCGAGGGAUCCAAUCAGCAGUCCUGCUUCAAUGAUCUACCGAGGUUCUUUGGGCGCUGAUAGUGAAGAAAUUCCUAUUGAUGAUAUUGAUGAAUUAGAAGAGCAUGCAGAAGACAAUGUUGAAACUGAGGAUGAAUAUUUAUUAAAUGCUGCUUUGAAUGAUGAUAAAAAUCAAUUUCCUCUCUCACUCCGAGUAAGUUGUUUUCAGCAGCUCUUAUCACUGAUAAUUUCUGUGCAGGAUUCACCCGAAAGCUUCAUGGAGACCAGAGUUUUCACUUUGAAUCAUCUCAUUUUUCUCGUCAUCUUCCUAGCUCAUGUGGUUGCCUCUUCCGCUCAGCUGUCUUUUGGCUUCUAUGCUGCUUCAUGUCCUGCUGCUGAAUCCAUAGUCAGGAACACAGUGAGAUCAGCUUCUUCCAGUGACCCCACAAUCCCUGGGAAGCUCCUUCGAUUACUCUUUCAUGACUGCUUCGUGGAGGGUUGCGAUGCAUCCGUGCUUAUACGAGGAAAUGGAACAGAGCAAAAUGAUCCAGCUAAUACAUCACUUGGAGGAUUUUCUGUCAUAGACUCAGCUAAAAGGGUUUUAGAAUUAUUCUGUCCAGGAACUGUUUCUUGCGCCGAUAUAAUUGCAUUAGCUGCCAGGGAUGCUGUUGAACUGACUGGAGGGCCUGCAGUUCAGAUUCCAACAGGUAGGAAAGAUGGGAGAGUUUCUGCAGCUUCAAAUGUAAGACCCAACAUCGUGGAUACAAGUUUUACAAUCAACGAGAUGAUUAAACUCUUCUCAUCUAAGGGGCUGUCCUUGGCUGAUCUUGUCGCACUGUCAGGUGCACAUACCAUAGGAGCGGCUCACUGCAGUGCAUUCAGCGACAGAUUCCAAGCUGACUCCAAGGGGAAGUUCACCCUAAUUGACUCAUCCCUCGACAAGAAUUAUGCAGAGGAACUCAUGAGACGGUGCCCUGCAGGUGCUAGUCCUUCCAUUACAGUUAACAACGACCCUGAAACAUCCUUGUCAUUUGACAAUCAGUACUACCGAAAUCUCUUGUUGCACAAGGGGCUAUUUCAGUCAGAUUCUGUACUGGUAAAGGAUAACAGAACAAGGGAGAAAGUAGAGAAUUUCGCAAAUGACCAGGACAGUUUCUUUGCAAGCUGGGCUCAGUCAUUCUUGAAGCUCAGUGUAGUUGAAGUAAAAACAGGCAAUGCGGGGGAGGUGAGACAAUCUUGCUCACUUAUUAACGGGUGAAAAUGAAAGGUUUUGAAGUUUUUUUUCUCUUUCACUUUCUCAGAAAGAAAUUAAGAAAAAUGUAAUUCCUCAUAGUUCUCUGUCCAGAGCUGCUGUCACUUGAAGAUAGUCCUAUUAUUCAUAAUGUCAGUUGCCAGGAAGUUUGUGUAGCAACGGGAUCUUUCUUUUU